UCGUCUUGUUCGAUCACAAGUGAGAGUUUAGAGCCACUAUGGCGGCGAAGCUCUUUUGUUUCAUGACAGUGCUUGUUAGUGGCAGUGACACUGGGGUAAUCACAGGUCUCAAAACUUGGAUAAGAUAACAGAAGGAUGGUGCGGGUGGUGUUUCUGCAUCCAGACCUCGGUAUAGGUGGAGCGGAGCGUCUGGUUGUCGAUGCUGCUGUCGCACUUAAGUCCAAGGGAUGUAAUGUCCAGAUCUGGACCGCUCACUAUGACCCGACCCACUGUUUCUCUGAGACCCUUGACCCAGAUUUACCUGUGGUUUGUGUGGGUGACUGGCUGCCCACCAGUGUUUUUGGGUACCUCCAUGCCCUCUGUGCUUACCUAAGAAUGAUCUACAUAGCGGUCUAUUUGGUCUUUUUUAGCGGGCUGGAGUAUGAUGUCAUCUUCUGCGAUCAAGUGUCAGUGUGUAUUCCGGUGUUGAGGCUGUCCCGUCACAGGAAGAAGGUUUUAUUCUACUGUCACUUCCCGGAUCAGCUGCUGACUCAAAGGAAAUCAGCCCUGAAGAAGCUUUACCGCGCUCCCAUCGACUUCAUGGAGGAGCGCACCACUGGCAUGGCUGAUAUGAUUCUGGUAAACAGCCAGUUCACCGCAGGAGUCUUCAGGGAGACCUUUCGAAGUCUCACAGGGAUACAGACAGACGUCCUCUAUCCCUCCCUCAACACGCGCACCUUUGACCAGCCACCGACUGAAGCACAGGGUCUGGGGGGGCUGCUCCCGGAGGGAACCUCCCACCUGUUCCUCUCGCUUAACCGAUACGAGCGAAAGAAGAACCUGGGCCUGGCGCUUCAGGCCCUGGCGGCUCUGAGAAGCGUUCUUCCUCCGGCCCAGAGAGCGGGCGUUCACUUGGUGGCGGCAGGGGGCUACGACGACCGAGUCGGCGAGAACGUGGAGCACUACGCCGAGCUGAAAGAGCUGGCAUCGCAGCUGCACUUGGAGGACUGCGUGACUUUCUUGCGCUCCCCCUCGGACUCGGUCAAGGUGGCGCUGCUGCGGGCCAGCCACGCGGUGCUGUACACUCCGAGCAGGGAGCAUUUCGGGAUCGUUCCCGUCGAGGCCAUGUACUGCCGCUGCCCCGUUAUCGCCGUCAACUCCGGGGGGCCCCUGGAGAGCGUGGCGGACGGCGAGACGGGCUUCCUGUGCGAGCCCACGGCAGAGGCUUUCUCUAAGGCCAUGGAGCGGCUGGUCGUGCAGCCGCAGCUCCGAGGGGACAUGGGACAAGCUGGCAGGAAGAGGGUGCAAGAUAAGUUCUCUCUUCAGGCCUUCUCACAGCAGCUGUACGGAUACAUUGUCAGCCUGAGCCAGUGACAUCAAGACUGAAGGUUUUUUUCUUUUUUGGGGGGGGGGGACGGGGACGGUAACCUGACUGUUUGUGUGUGUGAAGUAUGCGGUAUUACAAGGAUUUAAGAGGACAAUUAAUCAGCCUUCCCUUGGAAGCGUUGCUGAGGAACAGACUUCCACACCAAUUAGAAAGAGAAUGAAGCGUUUCCAUACUACGCUGGUUUUAUGUACGUGUCACAGCAGGGCAACCCAAAAUAUUGAUUAAUACAGUGACAUGUUUUUUCCCCCUUUUGGCUCGGCAGCCAUCUUUAUUAGUGGAGGAACACAGUUAUCUUCGGGUCGUACACACGGUCCUAAAUCAAUAAACAGGAUGCUUUCCUCCACUUCCUGUCUGCCCAGAGCUUUUAUUCCAAAGACGCUAGCCUGCUCCGUGACUCUUGCUGGUGCACGGAGGUUAUUAGCAGAUGAUAGAGAGUGUUUGGCUUCAUUAGAGGUCUGGCUGGUGGACAGCAUGCCGCUGUCUGGGUCAUUAUCAAGGAGGGGAAUAGCAGAAGGUCACUGUGUCUGCGCAACGGCCUCCUCCGCCCUUCUACUGUAUAGAGCUGUUCCUAUUGACAUUCCAGAAGUCUUAAUAAACUAGACGACACACAAAGUUUCUUGAGCCGCUUUGUUGCAAAGUUUUGCCCGCCUUUAUUGGGGUUUGGAGAACCGACAAAGUAUGUCCUUUACCGUGAGCGCAUAUUUGAAGUGCUGUCGCGCAGUAAAGGGUUUCAUGGGGCUUAUUAGUAUUAGAAACAAGCAGAUGUGAGAGCUUAAGUUUCUGUCUCCAAACGCUGCUGCAUUAUCAGUUCAAGAGUUUCGGUCGUGUCAAAGUGGUCUCCAUUCAGUUUCUGAAAGGGAAUCUGAAAAAAAAAACAAAAUAUUAAGCUGGAAAUAGCACUUUUCGUAAAUAAAUACAUAAAUAAAUACAAUGCUGAUAGAUAUCAGAUAAUCAACCAGCCUAAAUGUCUGUGUGCGAAUAGUACUGCAUAAAGUGAAUGAUGCACUUCUUUUUUUUUUAGGCCUCACUCUGACCUUGUUACCACAGAAAAAGCAUCUAAUAGUGUUAGUAUAACAAUAUCGGUUUAAAAUUAAAAAAAAUUCUGAAGCCCUACAGGUGUGCCCCCUAUGUGUGCCUGUGUAUCUACGAAAAAUGAUUGACUCCUCGUCAGUCACACCUUCUGCCUGUGAUUGGUUGUUUUCUCUCGGGUGCGGUGGUUUCUUGCAAAUUAAGUAAGAGGCGUAAGAUAAGGACAGAGAAGGCUGUGUUUUUUUCCCACCGAUCAUUUUACUCGUGCUUCUCUCAGUUCAUACUGAGUUUGAAUAAAUGACAAAGUGAGUUGUUUUGAAAAUUGCAAACUCUACCUUUAACUGUAUUUAUAAUUAUAUAUGUACCAAGGCUAGAAAGCAAAACGCCAAAAUGCUUGACACAGAUAAAUUUCACAAAGCAGAUGCUAACCUGAAUAGUUAGUAGCCGUGGGUAAUAAAAAUAAAUAAAUACAGAAGAAGCAUCCCACAAAAAUGGUCUAUUUUUCCAUCUGAGACGGACAUGCGUAUUAAUUACAGCAGUAGCCAUAAAGCACUUUUCAAAGCGCAACUAAUUUUACUUUUUAUUUAUUUUUUUUUUAUUUUUUUGUUAACCGUGGUUAACUUCUAUUUCUUUUCAUACGACAGUGAAGAAUGUUAAAAUAUUACUUGAAACCUUACCUGUACAAUGUGGAAUUUAAUGGAAGUCAUUAUUUCCUACGAGAAAAUCUUUUUCGAAAAGCAUUGUCUGUGUGAAUGCUUGAGUCUCAGCUGCAACUGGGGUGACUCAAACCAACCUGCGUGCACACGGCUCGGCCGUAGCGAACGAACGUGGCGAAAUGCUCGCUGUUGAAGUUGAUCAGGUCGUAUUUGAACUCCUGGUUCAGGAAAGUAUGACAGCGAUGCAUCAUCUGCUCCGUUAUGGACGGAACCAGUUGGUGCUUGUCGUUGUUGACCUGGAUGCGGGUUCCUGCGGGCACUCUGAUGUCGGCGAUAGGCUGAGAGGUGAUGGUGGUCUUCUUCAGAACACCGCCACCUUUCGACCUGGGCAGCAUCUGCUGUAUGAGGCUGCGGCACGCUUUCUGAGUCAUGUUCUCAUCUUUGGAGGGAGAGGGAAGGAAAAAAAGGCAGGUUUUGUCUUUGUCUUGUGCCAUUUUAUACAGGAUGUUGCGACAACAGGAAUCAUGAGUUCAAAUAAAUUCAUAUUUUAUUCUCUCACCUCCCACUCCAAAAUGAAUCACAUGACCUUGUCCCAUGUAAAUUCCCCACAGAGACACUCCCAACCACGGGUGCACAAAUUCUAUCAAGUCUCCAAUCUCUGCUGUAGACACACUCUUGUCCAUCUGCAGAGGAAAAUAAUUGAAACGAGCAGAAAUGUACAGAAGGUUCAUGAUGAACAUCAAAAUAAAAGAGAGGAGGAAUUUAUAUUGUAUGCAUUUACCUGUAACCACAAUUGUUGACAUUUUCAAAAUGGGAAAUGUAUACGUUUCGCAUCUUUUUUUUAGGGGAAAUA